AUGAUCAUGGAAAAGUUUGACCUUCGCUGUGAUUACAACUGUUCGAAUCAAAAUGAUGGCUAUGAUGUUUUUGAUGUGCAAUGUGACGACAUGCACUGUAACACAAUCAUUACUGGCAAUCCUCCAUGCCUUUUGAAAUGGAUUCGUGACUUGCUUCAGACUAACCUACGAGAUGAUAAUAGAAGACUUAGGGUCUCUAUGGACAUGAUUUGGCACCAAUUCUUAAACGAUACCAACAUCAGAACUCCUGUUACCAUUCAGUUCUGUCAUGAGAGUCGUUGCAUCAUCUACCAUGUUUCUCCUCCGGAAAACUUUCCAAGAUCUAAUCUGGAACGCUUCUUGAAUCACGAUUGUGUAGAUUUUGUUGGUUUUGGAAUGCAGAAAAAAGUCCAAUAUCUUGGUAAGGUAUUCAAUCUUAAAGUGAAAAACUGGUUUGAUAUCCCAUUUGUGGCCUGUUGUUUGAAUCCAGAAUUAAGCUUUCGUGAGAAUUUCAAUUUGCCUCUACCAAAUAUGGUAUUCAAGGAGUUCUCGAAGUGUUAUCCAAAGCCUACUUACCUUCUUCAAAGCAACUGGAGGUUGAUUCAACUUUCUUCUGAAAAAGUAAUGUAUGCGACACUAGAUUGCUAUUUUGCCUACAAAUUGGCAGUUCACCUCUCCAUUCCUCGAAAGAUCGAAUUAGAAGUAUUGAUUCUUUCAUAA